AUGAGGGCGCUGGCCUCUUGUGUACGACCACAGCUGGCCCGUAAGGGCGCUGGCCUCUUGUGUACGGCCACAGCUGGCCAUGAGGGCGCUGGCCUCUUGUGUAUAUACCCGCGGCAAGCCACGAGAGCGCGGGUUCAACAGCGUUACCAAAGUAUGUGGCCAGCGGCCGAGGAGGUGUGGCCAGCGGCCGAGGGGGUGUGGCAAGCGGCCGAGGGAGUGUGGCAAGCGGCCGAGGGGGUGUGGCCAGCGGCCGAGGAGGUGUGGCCAGCGGCCGAGGAGUAUAGAAAAUGGCUAUUAAUCCCCCUUAAACUUCGCUGUGGACCUUACCUCAGACAGCUUAGUGAAGACGUGUUCAAAGUACCUGAAGGCUACCGACUUGUGAAACAAAAGGAUCUGGCUGGUGGCACGGUGACUGGUGGCACUGUGGCUGGUGGCACUGUAGCUGGUGGCACGGUGACUGGUGGCACUGUGGCUGGUGGCACUGUAGCUGGUGGCACUGUGGCUGGUGGCACUGUGACUGGUGGCACUGUAGCUGGUGGCACGGUGACUGGUGGCACUGUGGCUGGUGGCACUGUAGCUGGGGGUACUGUGGCUGGUGGCACUGUAGCUGGUGGCACGGUGACUGGUGGCACUGUGGCUGGUGGCACUGUAGCUGGUGGCACUGUGGCUGGUGGCACUGUGACUGGUGGCACUGUUGCUGGUGGCACGGUGACUGGUGGCACUGUGGCUGGUGGCACUGUAGCUGGGGGUACUGUGACUAGUGGCACUGUAGCUGGGGGUACUGUGACUAGUGGCACUGUAGCUGGGGGUACUGAGGCUGGUGGCACUGUGGCUUGUGGCACUGUGGCUGGUGGCACUGUGGCUGGUGGCACUGUGGCUGGUGGCACUGUGACUGGUGGCACUGUAGCUGGGGGUACUGUGACUGGUAGCACUGUGGCUGGUGGCACUGUGGCUGGUGGCACUGUGGCUGGUGGCACUGUGACUGGUGGCACUGUAGCUGGGGGUACUGUGGCUAGUGGCACUGUGACUGGUGGCACUGUGGCUGGUGGCACUGUGGCUGGUGGCACUGUGGCUGGUGGCACUGUGGCUGGUGGCACUGUAGCUGGGGGUACUGUGACUGGUGGCACUGUGGCUGGUGGCACUGUGACUAGUAGCACUGUAGCUGGGGGUACUGAGGCUGGUGGCACUGUGGCUUGUGGCACUGUGGCUGGUGGCACUGUGGCUGGUAGCACUGUGACUGGUGGUACUGUGACUGGUGGCACUGUGGCUGGUGGCACUAUAGCUGGUGGCACUGUGGUGGCACUUUCAAUUGUUCUCACGUGCCAAUUCUCUAUCGGAUCUGGCCAUAAAGUUGUGGGUGGAGGUGGCUUCCACAACCUCCGCUUGUUUGACAUUGAGUGCAAGUGGCUGUUAAGUGGUGUUGUCCAGGAGAGUAAUACAAGCUUGUGUAUGACGAGUGAGAAUUCAAAGCAGACGAGUGAGAAUUCAACGCAGACGAGUGAAAAUUCAACGCAGACGAGAGAGAAUUCAACGCAGACGAGUGAGAAUUCAAAGCAGACGAGUGAGAAUUCAACGCAGACGAGUGAGAAUUCAACGCAGACGAGUGAGAAUUCAAAGCAGACGAGUGAGAAUUCAACGCAGACGAGUGAGAAUUCAACGCAGACGAGUGAGAAUUCAACGCAGACGAGUGAGAAUUCAACGCAGACGAGUGAGAAUUCAACGCAGACGAGUGAGAAUUCAAAGCAGACGAGUGAGAAUUCAAAGCAGACGAGUGAGAAUUCAAAGCAGACGAGUGAGAAUUCAAAGCAGACGAGUGAGAAUUCAAAGCAGACGAGUGAGAAUUCAACGCAGACGAGUGAGAAUUCAAAGCAGACGAGUGAGAAUUCAACGCAGACGAGUGAGAAUUCAACGCAGACGAGUGAGAAUUCAACGCAGACGAGUGAGAAUUCAACGCAGACGAGUGAGAAUUCAAAGCAGACGAGUGAGAAUUCAACGCAGACGAGUGAGAAUUCAACGCAGACGAGUGAGAAUUCAACGCAGACUUGUGAAUUCGGUUGA